AUGUCUCAGGCCGACAGCAUCGCGCUGCUGGCUCAGCGCCUGCAGGCACUGUCGGAGGAUGGCAUCAAGGUCAAUCCCGCCACAGCCAACCCGGCCCCGCUGGGCCUGUACGGCUUCGCCCUCACCACCGCCCUGCUCCAGGGCCAGAAGUCGGGCCUGACCGAGCCCAACACCGGCCAGCUGGCCAUGGGCUUUGGCUUCUUCUUCGGCGGCCUGGCCCAGUUCUGCGCCGGCCUGCUCGAGUACCAGCGCCGCAACACCUUUGGCACAGUGGCCUUCUGCUGCUACGGCGCCUUUUGGAUGUCGCUGGCCAUCUACCAGACCCUGGUUGCCGCCCAAGUGUUUGCCCCCGUCCCCGUGGAGGGCGACCGCCUGAUGCUGACGCUGUGGGGCAUCCUGACCUUCCUGCUCUGGCUGUGCACCUUCCACACCAACCUGGUCACCAGCUGGCUCUUCCUCUCCCUGGCCCUGCUCUUCUGGUUUCUGGCCGGCGGCGUGGGCUCCGGCGACGAGCGCACCACCCUGACCAAGUUUGCGGGCGGCUGGGGCUUCAUGGUGGCCGCCGUGGCAUUCUACGACGGCACCGCGGCGCUGAUGAAGGAUGUGUACGGCAAGCAGAUCCUGCCCGUCUUCCCGCUCAAGCCCGUCAACAAGGUCAGCCUGGGCGACUUUGGCACCAAGCGCUUUGUGGACCCCGAGGUGGGGGAGGCCGCCAAGGCGUGA